UGACUCCAUCCUCCACUUAGAAUGAAUAAAAUCGGGUCACAACUUGGCCCAGGUCCCUAUAAUUAACAAGCCUCAUGUACCUGAAGACACUUCCCUGACUUUAAUCCUUGCAAUACCCAAACUCCCUUACUUGCUAUAUAGCAAGUGACACAAAACUAACCUUCCGAUGUUUUUUGGAAAAUGAAAAACUUUAUUAAAACAUGAAAAACUUUGUUUCUGCAUGUGGAUUAUUUUUAUUUUUUACAUCAUGUCAAGAAUAUGAUAAGAUGUAAAUGGCCGCCGCCACAGUUGAUUGUCAUUUGAGCCCUCACAUUAUUGACGGAUAUUGUGUUUAAGAGCUGCAAGAGUCUGAGGCUUGUUGACAUAAAACCGCGACUUCAAAAAGCCCCACAAAAAGAAGUCUGGAGCGGUCAAAUCAGGCGAUCUUGCUGGCCAGUGCAAAUCGCCAAAAUGGAAGAUUAGGCGCCCGGGAAAUGCAUCCUUCAGCAUAGCGGUUGUGGCACGCAGUGUAGCGUACUAUUGUUUAUUUACGUGUAUUUCAUCGGACAUUAGAGCUCAAUUGAAAAAUUUAUAGCAUCUUCUAAUCAUCUUCUGACUUUUGCACCACGCUUUAUAAAACCCUAUAUCUAUCUUAAUUAGAUUUAGGUGAUACAUACAACCUUUAAGUUAAUCGAAAAUGUACCUUUUUGGCAGAAAUUCAGCCACAUAGGUAACACUUUGCCAACAAUCAGAAAUCUUUUCGCGAUCAAUUGUUAGUAUCGCGUCUGCAGUUGUCACAAGCAAUCUGACUGUAUACUUCGGUGUUACCACUAAAACUGGCUCAGGAUAAAAUACUAGCUGAUGGUUCAGCCAGUUCAUAACCUAUAAUUUUAUCUCCUUAUACUAAUUGAUUCUUGAUUUGUGUACUGCAAAGUAAAAUAAUCAAAUAGCAAUUUAAAUUGUGUUAUAUGGGAAGUAGGCGUGGAGGUAGUACCGAGAUAUUUGAUGUUACCUAGAAAUGGGCUAAGUCACGUCCAUUGUCCAAUUUUGACAUCGGCUCCUAUAAAGCCCCUUCAUACCAUCUCGGGAUUAAAAUUUAAUACAUUUGGCGUAAUCAGUUAUUGCACUGACGGACGUACGGAUGGACAGUCAACCGGAAUCCAACUUUUCUCGCCAUCCAGAUCAUUUAAAUAUCCUAGUCAGCUAGAAGAAUUAAUGAGUUGGUUGUGUAAAGUGCCCACAAUAACAACAUAUCGCGUAAAUUCGCUCCGAACCACUGUGCCAGCAUUCAAACAGAAAUUGCAAGAAAUAUUACGUGAAAGAUAUACACAGCCACCCAAAGUGUAUGAAAUACCCAGUAUUCCAGAGGUACUUUGCAUUUUACCAACAUCGUUUAGCAUUGAUAUGAAGCAGAAGCAGUCAGACUUACAACGUGAGGUUGUUGUCGACAGCUGCUGUGGUGCGGCUUUACUACGCGGCGCUCAUCUUUAUGCACCUGGCGUGCUUGCAAUGGAGGCGGGUACAAAAUUAAAUGAGGAGGUUUUAGUCUACGCCGAUUUGGCGGGUAAAUGUAAGCAGGGUACAAAUAUUCGAUAUGAUUCGCUCGAUAAAAUUUUUUUGGGCGUGGGUGUCGUACGAAUGCAGCGUCAUCAGAUUUUUGGACCUACAAUAAGUAGUACUGCUCAGUCUUUGAAAGGAGUUGCAGUGGAAAUGAUUGAAACUAUGUUCGGCGUACCGACCAUAGGUGAUCUGAGCUGCAAAGAAGCCCUUCUUCAAAACCUGCCGUCUAUUGUAUGCGUAAGGGUACUGAAACCUCAACCAGGCGAACGUGUGUUAGAUAUGUGUGCGGCGCCCGGAAAUAAAACAACUCAUAUAGCAGAGUUAAUGGAUGAUAAAGGUGAAGUAAUAGCGCUCGAUAAGGCAGCCAAUAAAAUCUCGGGCAUGUUGGCAAAAAUAAAGAAUUUAGCCUUCAAAAGCAUACGCGCCUAUAAUUUUGACGCCACGAAAGCUUUCAGCGCAGCUAAGGACGUAAAAGGCAAUGAAUGCUUGGGUAUGCCACCUUUCGCCGCCAAUACGUUUGAUAAAAUCUUACUUGAUGCACCUUGCAGCGCUUUGGGCAACAGACCGUUGCUAGUAUAUCCACCUAAUAUGUCCCAACGUAUGCUCCAAUCGUACCCAAAAGUUCAGCGAAAAUUAUUUUCCGCAGCAGUGCCAUUGCUAAAGCCAAACGGUGUUUUGGUUUAUAGUACUUGCACAGUGACUGAAGAGGAAAAUGAAGGCGUGGUUGCUUGGGUACUAGAGAAAUUUCCACAGAUGAGGCUGGUCCCUGCAACUCCCCAUCUUGGCGGCAUUGGUCUGGAACAAACAGCUCUUAGCAAUGUUGAGAGGCAAUACGUGCAACGGUUUGGUCAACAAACAAAAGAAUUCGAUGGAGUUCCCAUUGAUACCGUCGGAUUUUUCAUAGCAAAGUUUAUAAAGGAAUAUUAAAUGCCAUGUGCUUGGAGACUGUAAUUUCAGUUCUAAAGACUAUGUUUGUAUCAUAUGUAACCUAUGCAUUUCUUUAACUUUAAGUAAAUAUUAAAAUCAUGCAGUACUUGCUCAAAA